AUGCCAUCUGCAGAUGUUGCCCAUGUCUGGGAGGCCGUGCCGCAGGCUCCAGCGGACCCCAUCUUCCAGCUGACUGCGUCGUUCAGGGCGGACUCUUUCCCGCAAAAAGUAAAUCUCGGCGUCGGCGCAUACAGGGAUGACAACGGGAAGCCAUGGGUGCUGCCAUCGAUCAAAGCUGCCAAGAAGGUAUUGUUGGAGGAUGAGAGCAUCGACCACGAAUACCUCUCGAUCACCGGUCUCAACGACUUCACCCUCUCUGCUGCCAAGCUCAUCCUCGGCAAGGACAGCAAGGCGAUCCUAGAGGGCCGAGUCUCCAGCGUGCAGACAAUCUCAGGCACAGGCGCGAAUCACCUCGGUGCCGUCUUCCUGAGCAAGUUCUACCGCUUCCCCGCCAAGAAGGAGAUCUACCUCAGCAACCCAACCUGGGCGAACCACAAGGCAAUCUUCAACCUUGCCGGAAUCAACCCAACAGAUUACCCAUACUACAACCCACAAACGAUCGCACUCGACUUUGAGGGCUUUACAGGCUCGUUACAGAGUGCGCCAAACGGGUCCGCUUUCCUGCUGCAUGCUUGCGCGCACAACCCGACCGGUGUGGACCCAACCAAGGAGCAGUGGUCCAAGAUUGCCGACAUCUUUGGGCAAAAGGGACACUUUGCCUUCUUCGACUGCGCCUACCAAGGCUUCGCGUCAGGAGACCUUGACGGCGACGCCUGGGCCGUGCGCCACUUUGUCGAGCGGCGCGACAUUCCCGUGCUUGUGUGCCAGUCGUUCGCCAAGAAUGCGGGCUUGUACGGCGAGCGCAUCGGUGCGCUACACGUUGUCAGCCCGACCAAGGAGCAGAACGCUGCCGUCUUCUCGCAGCUCAGCGUGAUUCAGCGUGGCGAGAUCUCAAACCCGCCCGCGUUCGGCGCUCGCCUCGUCACGAUGCUCCUCACCGACGAGCGGCUGUGGAAGCAGUGGCAGGAGGACGUCAAGACGAUGAGCUACCGCAUCAUUGACAUGCGCAAGGCGCUCUAUGCCGCGCUUAACGACAAGCUACACACACCGCCGCCGAAAGGCGCAAAGGACUGGAGCCACAUCCUCAAGCAGAUCGGCAUGUUCACCUUCACUGGCCUCAACCCGGCGCAGUGCAAGAAGAUGGUGGAGACGCACCACAUCUACAUGACCGGCAAUGGCCGCAUCUCCAUGGCUGGCAUUUCGUCCAAGAACGUCGAGUACGUCGCGAAAUCCAUCGACGAUGUCAUUCGCACGCUCUGA